AUGGUGACAAUGGAGGUCGCAGCCGAGAGCGACUCUCCGUACGAAUCUCGUGAGAAGGGACGCGACAAGCAGUUCGAUGCCUACUGGAGGCUGGACUGCCCCACAUCUGGAGCCACAGUGGAGGCGUUUUGGCCGGACUUCGGCUGUUGGCUGCCGGCAAAGUUCCUUCGCGUGAAUGCAGAUGGCAGCUUCAACAUCCAGUGGAAGUCCGACAGUUCCACCAGUACCCUCCCUGAUGACCAUGUGCGAAAGCUUGGGGACAAAGCUGUCCCAGAUCCCGUGGCAAAGAGAGUGGCAGGCAGAGAGAAGCUCAAGUCCGUCGACAUUUUGGAGGUGGACGACUUGUUGCUGGCUGUUGAAGCUGAGCUGCGAGAACCCGUGGGUCCGUGUGGAGUCUUCUGGCUCAUAGCCACACAUCUAGCGCCAACAGUUGACGGGUGGGGCAUGGAACUGCAACAUGCCCACAGCAAAAGCGUCUGGGCGCUGCUGGCGGCGUGCGGUGUGUCCGCUUACUUUUUCUGGUGCCGCUGGCGGUUUCUUCAGCGGCUGCCACCCGGGAGAUUUUGGAUGUUACCUGUGCUGGGGGAAAGCUUGACCUAUGUGAAAGAUCCCUUGAGCUUCUUUGAGGAGAUGGUGAAAGCGUCGGCUGCUUGUUUGGUGAAUUGCUUGGAGAAACUCACCCAGCAUGGUGGCACCUGCAGGUCACAUCUACUGCUAGCUCCUUCGGUCAUCUUAGCCGUGACAGAGGAAAAUGCCAAACUGAUCCACUCCAAGAAAGAUUUGGGAUGGCCAAGACAUUUUCAGAAACUGGUAGGGAGGAAGGCACUUGCCAUGGUGAAUGAUCCACUUCACAAGAAGAUUCGGACACUGAAUAGCCGAGCCUUUGCAGAUAAACAGCUGGACUCCUAUUUGCCCAAGUUGCAGAAACUGUCUGCCAAGUACUUGGAGGAUUGGGUGGGAAAGCCCAGCUCUGACUUGCAUUUCGAGGUAAAGCACUACGCCUUCGAGUGUGGUGAGGCGGUGGUUUUGGGCGGCGAACAGGUCAGGAGCGAUCGCUUUAUGAAGCUCUACGACAAAACCUUCGAAGGUCUCGGCUGCAUCUUGCCCUUUGAUCUGCCGGGCUUUCCCUUUCGGGAGUGCAUGAAGGCUCGAGGUCAGUUGGUGGAAGGAUUCAAAGAGUUGAUCCAACAGAAGCGUCGAAAACUGAAAGAUCCAGUUCGAAUGUUCAGAAUCAGCACCAUGCUGGAUACGCAAACUGAAGGCACAGACGAGGAAGAACUGCUGGACUUCUGCAUCGGGAUGAUGUUCGCAGCCCAUGAUACCACCCUGUGCAGCGUUCAGAGCUGUCUCCACUGGUUGAAAGCGUUUCCAGCGCUGGAGCAGCGGCUCCGAAAGGAGGUCAAGGAUCUCUGGGACGGCCAGGCGUUCUCUGUGAAUCGCCCAUUGUUGGAGUCCAUGCACCAAACCAGGGCGUUCCUUCAGGAAGUCUGGAGGACAACGCCGCCCGUGCAAGUGGUGGUUCGCAGCUUGAGCGAAGACACCGAGGUUGAUGGCUAUCUGAUUCCAAAGGGUUGGUCGAUCUAUUUUGCCCCGGCAGGUCGGCACAGCAAGGCUGAGAACUUUAAGGAGUUUUCCAUCGAACGACACCUGAAGGAUGGGAAGUUUCUGGAUAGCACCUUUGAACCUACCUAUUUCAAUGCCUUCGGAGGUGGCAGUCGGAUGUGUAUUGGAUACAAGUUCGGGCGCGAUGAGAUGUUGGUGUUUUUGCUGAACUUUCUUCAUGGUUACGACCUGCGAAUUGAUCGAUCUGACCUCAAGAAGUUUCCGUUUCACUUCUGGCGCCUCACUGGCCUGCAGCGAUGCGGGCUGCGCAGCUUUGCAGAGGCCACCCUGAAGGCCUUGCUGCGGCAGCGCGAACGCGAGACACGCGAGACACGCGAGGAGGCGGAGGAGGCCUUCAAAGCCACAGAGACACGGCGCAUUUUCACGGCAAGCCCUGAAACCCCAGCAGCCGGGGCCCUGCGACUGGCGGAGGAAGCGAUCAAGGUGGUGUGGGCCUCCAGUGGCUGCGAUCUACCUCUGUUGACGAGCCUAAAACCUGGCUUUCUGCUGGGGGAAAGGGAGCAGGAGGAGUUGGGACGGGCUCCGAAAGUGGAAAGAGCGGUUGGAUACCCCGGUGGCAACCAGCGAAGUGGGUGGCUUCCGGUGGAAGAACAAGCGCAGCGAACCUUUGAGGCGAAGGGGAUGAAUAGGCCAGCCCCUGCGCCGAUCGUCGAAAAGAAGGAGUCUGAAGAGGUUCGGAAGGAGCUUCAUAUGACAUGGACUGUGACCGCUGUGGCAAAGAAAUUUCCACAGGUUAUAACCUCUGCCCUGAGUGUCAUGCAGAGAAAGCGGUGUGAGCUUGACCAUAG